GAGCUUUUCAGGAUCUGGCUCAAUUCAGAUAAAAAAGCAGCUUCUUCGGGGGUCUUUGUGGUCUCUGUGUUUGUUUCUGGCUUUGGUUUUUAGGUUUAAUUCAGCAUAAAGUUCAGCUUCAUGCACGAUGGCUGACAAGCCUGACAUCAGUGAGAUCUCCCACUUUGAUAAGUCCAAACUGAAGAAGACUGUGACUCAGGAGAAGAACCCUCUCCCUACCAAAGAGACAAUUGAACAGGAGAAGCAGAGCGACUCAUAACAACCUGCUCCUGUUUGUCCCAAGGAGGCGUUUGAGCUACGAGGGUUUUUGAGCUUGUACCGUGAGCAAAGAUGGUUUUUCAACAAGCAGGGCUCUCGGAACAAGUUUUGAAGUUUAAUGGAUGGUCCUGAAGCCAUGUUAUUGAACUUGGAAUAAAGUUAUGGAUGUGCAAUCUG